AUGACGGAUUACUAUGGAGGCCUGGGGCCCAUGACCAAUGCGGUCUUGUGGGUAGAGGUCGUGGUUUUCGCCAUAUUUGUCGCUCUCAGACUCUACACACGCAUAUCGAUUCUGAGUGCUGUUGGGCCUGACGAUUACUUGGUGUCGACGCGAUAUGGUCUCGGCCGUUUGUUCGCUGACGUGGGUAAUGCCGAUGUAUAUUGGGAGGCUGUCAAAUAUGAAGUUUUCAGCCAGGUAGCUGGUAUUAUGGUCAUCGGCGUGGGCAAGUGCGCCGUUGGUAUCUUCCUUCUCCGAAUCGUGCGCAACAAGAUUCAGAUAGGGUUCAUCUGGGCUUUCUUGGCGGGUACUGUUUUCAUCACGCUCUUUGCCAGCAUCACAGUCGUUGUACAAUGCAUACCAGUUGAGAAGACUUGGAAUCCCACAGUCGAUGGAAAGUGCUGGCUGGAUUUCUCCAAGGUCGGUCUGACUGUCGGAUCUUGGUUCGUCGUCGCAGACUUUUCUUUCGCUAUUCUGCCAUGGUUUAUCAUCUGGGACCUGAACAUGAAGCGCAAAGAAAAGAUCACUGUCGCAUGCGGUCUCAGCCUUGGUGUCUUUGCGGGUGUCUGCGGCAUUGUACGUACGGUAGCUCUGAACGGAUUAAAUGCACAGGAAUACAUAUAUGACACUGUACCCAUGCUGAUCUGGUCUGCCACUGAGAGCACUGUCACUAUCAUGUGCUCAUCGAUUCCCGUUCUACGACCCCUGUAUGUUCGAUUCCGCUACGGUAGCAAGGGUGACAGCUCCGGGAACAAUAGCUCCUAUAAGCUGCCAAUGUACGGGAACAACAGCGCUCGAAAGUACGGCCUCGGAUCAACAGCAGGUGUCGAAGCGAAAGCAACACCGUCUCACCAAACGUCUAUAACCUACAAUGCAAACAAUGCUAGCGAUGAGAGCAUACUACGGGACACCAAGGCUCAAGAUGACAUGAAUGGGGGGAUCAAGAGAACUGAUGAGGUCUCGAUAAGUUACGCUGCCUACGUCAAGCAGACCAAGUAA